AAUGAUUUUGAAGGAUAUGAGAAAUUCAUGUCGAAUUCAUCAGUUAAAUAAACAAUGUGUAUUUAAUAAUGGUAAAUAUAUUUUAUAUAUAAUGCGUUGUAUACGAACGAACGAUUCGCCUUCAUUGCAGUUUUCUAUUGAAGAGGCAAAUUUACUUAAAAUUCCUCUCAUUUGCGCUUUUUUCUAUUGCCCAGAAAAUCAUAAUAAAGCACAAAGAGUAUUUUUGCUGGAGGGUCUUAUUGAAGUGAAGAAUCGGCUUAAUUUACUCGGCAUUCCAUUAAUUUGUCUGAAAAUAAACGAUAAAUUAGCUAUUGAAAUUGCAACGGAACUCAGUAAAUCUGCUUGCGAAAUUAUUAUUGAUGCUGGUUAUCUACGAAAUGAACGUUUAUUUGAGAAAAAGCUCAAUGAUAAUUUAAUUGAUUGUAGUCGGCGUUUUACUUGUAUUGAAGGGAAUCUGAUUGUUCCUGUCACGUUGGCAAGUAAUUCAGUGGAAGUGGGAGCACGUACCUUUCGGCCAAAAGUUUGGCAACAUGUCAGUACCAUGCUGAAAGAAGAAUUUGAUGAUAAAAUUAUUGUUGAUGUUAUUGAUAUGAGGCUUAAUCAAAUGGAUUUGUCGACUGAGUUAACAAAAGCAUUGAAAGAAAGGGAUUCGAGCACUAAGUUGAUUGGAGGGGAAAAUGAAGCGUUAAAAGUCCUAAAUGAUUUUGUAUCGAAAAAAAUGGAUGAAUAUGACAUUAAACGGGAAAUAUAUGUCCCAUUUAUACCAUUUAUUUUACUGUUGUAUAGUAAAAGUUGCAGAAAUGUACCAACGGAUAAUCAAAGCUUACUUUUGCCAUAUUUGCAUUAUGGUAUGAUAAGUCCGAUGGAAGUGAUGCGUAAAAUGAAUAAAUCAGAUGUUGAUGUUCCUUGCAAAAAUGCAUAUUUCGAAGAACUGCUUAUUCAAAGAGAAUUGUCGCAUAAUUUCGUUUAUUAUGCAUCUGAUAAUUAUGACAAACUGGAUUGUUUGCCUAAAUGGGCCAAGGAAACUAUGAUCAAACAUGCAAAAGACAAACGAGAACAUCUAUAUACAUAUGAAGAGUUAGAACAAGGACAGACUCAUGAUAUAUAUUGGAAUGCAGCGCAGAUUGAGAUGGUUCAAACCAAUGUUAUGCAUAGGUAUUUGCGUAUGUAUUGGGCAAAGAGAGUAAUAGAAUGGACUCCUAAUUUUCAACAUGCUUUUAAUUUUCUACUGGAACAGAAUGAUAAAUAUGAAUUGGAUGGUAAUGAUCCUAUUGGUUAUGCUCGUAUUUUAUGGUGUUUCGGCCUUCAUGAUCGUGCACAUGCGGAACGGAAAAUAUUUGGUAAAUUGCGAUAUAUGAACGCUGAAGGUUUGCAAAGAAAAUAUAAAAAUUAUAUUGAAAGAUAUGCAAAAUUAAAUUAUCGUUUGGUUAAUCGACAAAUUGAGUUCAAUGAAACACCACGAAAGAAAAGGAAGAAAAUAAGAAAAAGCUAA